AUGUCUCCCUACCGCCCCUCACCCGACUGCACUCGUACAAGACGAGCGCCGCCGAGCGUCUCGUCUCGUCUCGUCAUCGCCACCACCGCCUACAUCCUUCCCGUGCUCAUACAAGACGAGCGCGUCCGAGUAUUACGAGCACGGGGCUGUCUUACUCUCGUCAUCGCCCCUCCUCCGACCGCGCUCGUGCUAAACAAGCACGACCUCGUCUCUCAUCCCGCCGCCGUCGCUGCCGCCUCUCAUUCUGCUGCCGUCGCUGCCGUCAUUCGCCAUCUCUUCCUGCGCUCGUACAAGACGAGCGCGGCCUCGUCUCGUCUUGCCGCCGCCGUCUAUCACCGUCUCUGCCCGCACUCAUCCAAUUUGAGCGCAGGCUCAUCCUUCCCGACCGUCUCCGCCCGCGCUUGUACCAAACGAGCGCGACCUCGUCUCUACCACAAGUGCGAGGUACCUGCCCUUCGGACACGACCCCUUUAUAUACAAUACAGACUCCUAAAGCAGAAAGGCGUGACUGGGAUAUCCUGGUCCUAA